AUGUAUUUUCUGACUUCAUUUUUUUUCAGUUUAGGUGGCGAAUCCCUGACGCUCGUUCAGAAUAUAUAUCUGGUUAAGUGGUUUUCAGGCAAAGAGCUUAACUUUGUUUUCGGUUUCGCUUUGAGUUUCGGUCGCGUGGGCAGCACCAUCACGCUGAAUAUCAUGAGGCCCAUUUACGCGCUCAUCGACCAGUACAUACACGGCCACGUCUGUUUAGGAAUGACAAUGUUUGUCGCGGCUGCAUUUGCAUUCCUUUCCUGGAUGUGCUCGUUGGUGCUGGUAACCUGUGAUCGUCAAAGGAAACGCCAUAAGACUGCUGCCCUGAUGCUGGCAAUCGAUGAGGACAUUUCGGAAUCGUCUGAAGAAUCAGAAAAGGUUCGUUGUUCCGACAUAUUGCACUUGUCGCCGAAGUUGUGGCUUCUGUGCUUCAUCUGUGUUACCUACUACACGUCGAUCUUCCCAUUCGUGUCUAAUGCGCUUAUUAGCAUCGCGCUGGUCGUACAUGUGUUGUUCGCGUUCACGUUCGUGAUCCCAUACGUCAUUGUGGUACUGUCGGGAAUCUCGUACUCAUUGCUAGCGUCCAGUUUGUGGCCGUGCAUAUCUUACGUUGCUGCAUCUAAAGUUCUUGCUACUGCAUACGGUCUAAUUUCGUCGGUCCAGAACUUGGGUUUAGCACUGGUCUAUCUUUAUAUUGGAAGCCUAGUAGAUCGACAUGGUUAUUUUUUGUUAGAGUUGCAUUUUCUGAUCCUGUUAUCAGGUAAAUAUUACUCUACCUUUUUCAAUCUGUUCCAUUCAUACCCUUUUAGUUUCUUUCUUAUUGACUUCGGUGCUGUUUAUGAUCGACAUAUCGACAGGUAAAA